AUGAAAGUAGCAUUGAAAACAUCUGAUGGGAAUUUUCCCAUCAAUGGAAAGUGGACCAUAAGUUGGCCAGCUGUUUAUAAUGUAGCAGGCACAAGAUUCCAUUAUCAACGCGUUGAUAGUCAUCUAGAAUCACUUCAAGCCAUUGGACCAAUAUCCGAAGAAGUAACGAUAAUGUUAUUACUUCAAGAACCAAAUAAAGGGAUUAGAUACGAAUUCAACGAACCCGUAGACUCAAUAAAAUCAGUUCCAAAUUAUACAUUUAAAUGGGUAUAUUUACCCUGGUCAGACUGCUCAAAAUCUUGCGGAAAAGGUAUCACGAGAUCUGAAAUUGUUUGCGUUAGGAAAGACGAUCAAAGUCGUGUCAGUGAUAUUUAUUGUGUUAGACUACGUAAACCAGCUGUAAAAACAAGACUGUGUAAUUUAAAACCGUGUCCACCUAGAUGGAGUGUUGGAACUUGGGGAAAAUGUUCGCGAAGUUGUGGAGGAGGAUAUAAAACUAGAGCUGUAGUUUGUGUUCAGAAAGUUGAUCAUCUAGAAGAGAAAUACGUCGAUGAAGUGUUGUGUCUAAAUAAAAGACCUAUAGAUAGAACAAGAUGCAACGAAAAGCCUUGUCCAACUCGAUGGCACACUGGAAAAUGGUCUAAGUGCGUAGGGAAAUGUGGAACAGGAUAUAGAAACAGAACGGUGAGUUGCGUGAUUACAGAUGGUAUGAGAAAAGUUCCUUCAUCAUUAUGUAUAGCAAAGUACAAACCACCAGAAAUAGAACAUUGUAACAAUGAAAUGUGUCCAAAGGCUCAUUGGGUAACCGGAAGAUGGACAAAUUGUAAUACAAAUUGUGGAAAAGGCCAACAAAGAAGAGAAGUUCAAUGCAAAUCGUGGAAAGGAGAGAAUAGUAAUUUAUGUUUGACACAGCUUACACCAGUUUCUAUUCGUGAAUGCUAUGUAUCUUGUACAAAGUUCAACGAAGUAUGUACAGAUGUCAACAAAGCUGGAUAUUGCAGUUUGGUUUUAAAAUUCAAAUUUUGCUCAAGAGCUUACUUCAGAAAAAUGUGCUGUAAAACUUGCACAAAAUAAGUCCAAUUAGUGUUUUCGUCAUUAAAUAUUUAUUCUUUGAAGUGAAGGAAGAUGACGUUUGAGAGAUUACGGAUAGGACUAUGUGUUUAAGCCUAGAGACACUGAGUACGAACUGCUUUGCACUGCCAACUGUACAUUAUAAGAGAAUAAAAUCUUUUAAAUUAAAA